AUGGCAACACCAGAAACCGCAGGGAAAGCUCUCCAAGCUGCCUCAGAAAAUGAAAUUAAGAAAGUUUACGUAUUUGGACACGCCCCGGGAUGUACAUCAGUCGAUGCCUUACUUCAAGACGACGGCCAUGCCUUCCCAAGUGACGUAAAGAUAUCGCCGCAAGAGGUCGCUGUUAUCCUCUUCUCUAGUGGCACGACAGGCCUACCGAAAGGCGUCAUGCAUACACAUCGUAACAUAGUGGGGGAUCUGCUACAAAUGAACAACAAUAUACAUGUUUUCAGAGACCUCUUGUCCUAUGGGCGCCCGGGAGUUGACGGUUUUCUUGGAUUUUUGCCUUUCUUUCACGUUUUUGGGAUGAUACUUAUUCUCCUUGGUGGUUUAAAAUACCGAAAGAAAGUUGUUUGCAUGAGGAAAUUCGAUUUUGAAGGAUUUCUUGCCAGCAUCGAAAAAUACAAAAUACGCUUUCUUCCCGUGGUUCCUCCCAUAGUCGACAUGCUAGCCAAACACCCAUUGGUUGACAAAUACGACCUCUCCUGUGUUGAAGUAAUCAUGUCAGGGGCUGCGCCAUUGGGCAAGGAUAUGAAACAAAAACUGGAAUCGCGUCUGAAGACAUGCAAACUUGUACAAGGGUAUGGAGCGACAGAGGGGGUCUGGUCCAUGCCUCCGCGAGACGUGCGUACGUUUCGGACCGGUUCUGCUGGGGUUUUGGUUGCAAGCACGGAGUGUAAGGUUUUAGAUCCGCAAUCUGGAAAGGAACUCGGUCCAAACCAAGAUGGCGAACUUUGCUUCCGCGGAUGUCAAAUCUUCAAAGGCUAUCUGAACAAUCCCGAAGCCACGGCUGCCGCCAUUGACGAGGAGGGGUGGUUUCACAGCGGUGACAUGGGCCACUAUGACGAAGACCAAAACAUUUACGUCAUCGACAGAAUCAAAGAAUUUAUCAAAUACAAAGGGUUCCAGGUAGCACCAGCAGAGCUAGAGGGCUUGUUGUUAUCGCACCCUGCCGUAGCGGACGCUGCGGUAGUUGGAUGUCCUGACGAAGACGCCGGAGAGCUGCCCAUGGCGUUCAUUGUCCUCAAACCGGGACAGACAGCCACUGAAACGGAGAUUGCUAAUUUUUUAGCAGCUAAAGCUGCCCCCAUUAAGCGCCUUCGAGGCGGAGUUGAGAUUGUUGAGGAAAUUCCAAAGACUGCAAGUGGGAAAAUCCUGCGUAGAGUUCUACGCGAGGAAUUGCGAAAGAGGGCUCUGCGGGUGAAAAAAGCCAAGCUGUGAUAUUGUAAACUUUGAGUAGAAAAAUAUUGAUACCAUCUUCAGAGAUGACUCAUAAAACGAUCACUAAUGAAGCACAUGCAAAUUUUAAUAAUAGAGGACGCUGGGAUGCACUGCUUAUGGCACGUGGGAAGACAAGUUUAAAAUAUCUAUUCUAUACCAGAGGUUAAUUUGCAGGAUUUAACGGACAAGGUCAGAGAGCUUUAUGUCAUCUUAAAUCCACAGGAUUGUAGCUUAAACAUUCCUGGUCAACUCUGCCAAUCUUCGUGAUAAAUUCUUUUUCAGGAUGAAGUUACGCCCUAUAUAGAUUGCUAUCUCGAUCACCACAAGAUAGAAAGGUGUUAAAUUGACGAUUAAAGCUUUGAGUUGCUUUUAGUUGCUUAUGCAUUGCAACGAAAAAAUAU